AUGCCCCAACUAUCCUUGAAGUCCUUCACUCUGAAUGACUUUGACGCAGUGGCAACGCAAGUGAAUAAUGAAUCAAAUGGACAGUGGACACUCAUCAAUUCAGUCACUUCUAAGCAAGCUUCUGAUGUCCGUCGAAUGUGGGAGGAGUAUUUGAGAACAAAGGCUCUCAAUGGUAGUAUGUAUGCUGGCAGUCAAAUCUGUGGAGAAGAAGACAAAGAUAGUACACCUGAGGGGCAGAUAACUCAACAAAAAACUACUUGGGUGCAACUCAGUAUCUUGCCUGCCUCCAAAGCACUGAGUGUGAGCUCCUUCUCACAAGAGUUAGGACUAAGUCAGACUCAGGUACAAAGUAUUUCCAGUACUCUAGCCAGUCAAGAAUUUCUGGCAACACCAUGGACCAUGAUGGGUGUCAUAACUCUCAAAUACCUGUAA